AGCAGUAUGUCGUACGUGACGCAUCAGACUGGUUUCAUCACUCUGAAGAUGAUCGAUCCAUCCAUGGGACAGGCAGGUUGCAUCAGAGACAUCCUCGAAGACAAGGAAGGUGGUUUUUUCGUGGAAUGUGGUGCACUGGAUGGAGAAACACGCUCAAACACUUUGUACUUUGAACGUUUUUUGAACUGGAAAGGACUUUUAGUUGAAGCGGAUCCUGAAAACUUCAAACUUGUUUUGGCUAAAAAUAGAAAAGCCUGGCUUGCACCCACUUGUUUGAGUUUAAAAAGAAAACCUUCGAUUGUUAAUUUUUACCAGGCGUCGAAUCUAGGUAAAAUUAUGGGGUCUGAAGAAGAAACCGACUCGGUUAAAUUUGUUAAAGUUCUGUGCAUUCCAUUCACAACGUUACUUUUGGCAACAGGAGUUAAAAGAAUCGAUUACUUCAGUCUGGAUGUGGAGGGAAACGAGCUGGACGUUUUAAAAACGAUUGAUUUUUCUCGUUUUGAUAUAAGGACUCUGUCCGUUGAAUAUCUACACGAUAAAGAGGGGAAGAACGCUAUAAGGAAUUUUAUGGAGGAAGCCGGCUACUCGGUUCACAGUGUAAUUGUAAGGAGAUUAAAUCGAGCAAAUGAUUUUAUUUUCAUCAAAAAUGGUCCGUACAGUUUCAACAAAAAUAAAUGUCAUUAAAAAAUUUUCCUACAGAUUUUUUUUUUAGAAAUUGCGUUUUUAUAUUUAUAAUUCAUCACAAGAAUAAAAAAAUCUACUG